CACAUCGCCACAUGUCAAUAAUUCGUUUGUCAUCCGAGAGUUCCGAAAUCGUUUUGCAAAUUUAAUUACAAAAUGGUUGAAUUCAACGUGUCGGACCUCGUUUCCCAAGCAGUAAGUCAAGGUUCGAUCGCCGAAUUAAAUCAACUACGCAAAAAUUACAAUUGGAUAUCGAUACCUAUCCAUUAUGUAACCCAGCCUUUGGGCCAGCAGAGCGAAACGGCCCUGCAGUCGAGUGUCAGAAACGGACACUACAACGUCGUCGAGUUCCUAGUCGGCGAAUUGAAAUACCAAAUUUAUCCCGAAUGGGCGAAAUCGAUCGACACAGUCCCGUCUUAUUUCACCUGGACGAGUUUGAAUUUCGACAAAGUUCUUCCUCCGCUCGUGAUCCAAUCACCCGAGAUGGGCGUCAUCCGCGAUAUCGCCAACCAAAUUCCAAUCGUCAAAGUCAUUGAAUAUCUGAUCGAUCCGGCCAGCGACGAGCCCUGUCAGUGGCUGGACUUUGUAUUGAAUUCAAUCAUGGCCAGUUCGGCCAGCCGGACGGACAAGAUCAUGGCGUUCGAACUGAUGGGCGUCGCCUUCGUCUUCAAACCGAGAAAUGGCGUCUGGAGGGGAGUCCAGUGCUGGGAACAGGCCAUGGGCCUUCGCUACUCGACGGUUGGCGAUCAAUUGGCGAUCCCGAUCAUUCCCGAUCUAGCGGCCAGCUCUUUAUUUGUCGACCGCAAGAAGCUCAUCGCUUCGCAAAUAUCUCUCCAGAAAUUCAAAGGCGAAUGGAGACUUCGCUACAACCUGCUGGAAGCUCAAGCUCAAGCUCUGGCCGUCAGCCAGAGGAUUGUCAAUCAAUCCGGGCAGACGGGUCCUCAUUCGUUCCAUCUUGAAAAUUUGAUGCGCUACGCUAAUCAGUGCUAUUACAGCAGCGACGAGAAACAAUUGAAUUUGUCGUUGAACAUUGCGCUACUUAUCCUCCAGCAAACGGACGAGUUCCAUUCGACCUCUUCUCCCAACUGCAUCCGCAUCUUCGUCGAAUCUCUGGACCUGCUUCUAGAUUGUUUGAAGCACAAAACAAGUGAAGAAUUAUCGUUCGCCAAUCUCUUGGUGGUUGUGAAAUUCGGCCUGGUCAUCUUACUGAAUGUCAUGCUGUUGUCGCCCGUCGUCCGGGCGACCACCGAUCGGUGGCAGUUCAACAUUAUGGAUAAAAUCCAUCGUUUGAUUUUAGAGCAUCUUGGACGCUGUCGCAAUAAUCCAGCGGAAAUUCAACAGCUCAAGGACUGUCUCUCGCCGUAUUUCCGCGCCAAUAAUUUGAAAAGGUUCACCAGUCUUCUUCACCAGGCCAUCAAAGGGACGGACGGCCGUCAAAUUGUGCCCAUCAUCCAGCUGUUCCUAGAAGCCGGAGCCGAUCCAACCGGAAUCGACACCAACGGCAAAACGCCCUUACAUAUUUUAUCCGAAAAUCAGGAUUGGUUUCUGUCCGAUCCGGAAUCGUACGAACAGGUGUUUAAGGCCUUGCUGGAUGCCGGAUGCUUCCUCGACCAAUCGAUACCGAUCGGCAAAUCAUUUCUGGCAUUUCUGAGCACUUUAAACGACCAGAAAUCCAAAUACGUUUCGAAAUUUCGCUUCCAUCACUAUCUGGAUCCGCUGGUGAAUGUCGUCGUACCUCUGGCCUGCGUUUGCGCCAAAGUCAUCCGCCGCAAUCGAAUUUCAUUCGAAGGCAAACUUCCGCCGCGGCUGCAAUCGUUUGUCAGCCGUCACAGCGCUAUUGAAGAUUACACAAUUUCGAACAGUGCUGUCGUCUGACCAGCGUAUUAGUAUUCCACGAAAAGAGAAAAUGGAAACCAGACAUAUUAUAUCAUGUGAUUUAGUUGAUAACCUUUGAACAAAUCUCGUGCUCUUUUAA